AUGGCAACUCUUGAGGAACUUUUGAUCGCUCAAAAACAGACGAUACUUUACAUAUCGAAAGUUCUGACGAAUUUCAAGAAGCUUGGACAAGCCAAGAUGACCCGUGCAGUGACUAUCAAACGAAUGGAUCAUUUAAAGGAGCUCUUCACCAAAGGCCAGGAUUUUCACACAAAAAUUGAGUUUCUGGCUACAACCCAGGAUCAAGCGGAGCAUGCUUAUUUCAAGCACGACCAAUUUUCUCUCUGCGCCGACGUCUACGAGGAGACCUCAGACUACAUGGCGGAGAUAUUAUCCGGAUUCGAGACUACACUCCUUCAAUCAGCCAUUGGUGACCUCGAUAAAACCUCGCGAGAAGCAUGGGAACUCCGGCGUGAUACUUCUGAGCCGUAUCCAACAUUCGCGGAAAUUAAUCAAUUUUUAAACGAACGAAUUCAAGCGUUCGAAACAAUAAUUCCGAUUAAACCUAAAGAAAAAUCAACGGAUACGACAAAGUCGGCGAAGAAUAACACGGUCGUUUCCCAUGCUGCGUCAACCGUCAGUUUCAAGUGUCCUGUUUGCAAACAAGGCACUCAUCUGUUAUACCAAUUCGGAAACAUCAUGUCAAAAACUGUACGAAUAGUCACGUGUGCAAAUAUUGUAACGCUCAACAUCAUUCGUUAUUACAUUAUAAUGUUACUGCCAAUCCAUCUACUUCUGAGCAAUCAGAGGCGCCAGCGACAACAAGCGAAGUCGCGACGCAUUUCCAAGACCGUGUCACCAAAUUCGAGCGGUCUGCUUGCGACAGCUCGCCUGAGAUUACAUUCGCCGCAUGGGCGUACCGUAACCGCGCGCGCUCUGAUCGAUCCUGGAUCCGUCGUUACUCUAAUCACUGAAUUAAUCGUCCAAUGCCUCCAUCUACCAAAAUUUAAACACGCAGUGUGCGUUACCGGCGUUGGCGAGACACAAUUUCCUGUGCAUUCUGCGACGAACAUUACCGUUUCUCCGACGUUUAGCGACGGACCUGCCUACUCGAAUGCGCUGAUUCUUAAAUCGUUAACCAAGUACUUGCCGAACCAAAACCUACCCGUAGAUCAAUGGCGUCAUAUUUCCGAUUUAACCUUGGCUGAUAGUGAACCCAUGAGUCGCGAUCCAAUUGAUAUCAUUAUCGGUAUUGACUUUUAUGGUAUGCUCAUCCUCGAUGGCAUUCGUAAAGGCUCAGCCAAUGAGCCCGUAGUUCAAAACACCGCGCUGGGGUGGAUCCUGUUUGGUCCCAUCUCUCCUUCCUUGAACCGUCAUUCACCUUCCUUACCCGUGCAUCAUAGCAACAUUGAGAAUCUCGAUUCCGUGCUUCGGCGAUUCUGGGAAGUAGAAGAACUUCCUCAGAGCCCUCAUCUGACUCUAGAUGAAAUCCGUUAUGAGGAACACUUUGUAGCGACUCAUUCCGAUGAAGGUCGUUAUAUUGUUCGACUUCCGUUCAAAACCAAUAAUUCCGUUUCGCUAGGUGAAUCCCGUGCCGGUACGUUCACGUGCCUCCAACGUCUUGAAAGGCGUUUCCUUCGUCAGCUGACUUCAGCUUCCGAGUAUAAUUUCCUCGACGAGUAUCGUACCCUUGGUCAUAUGAACCAAAUCCAGAACCCUGCGAUGCCCAGUCUCACUGGUCAAAGCUAUUAUAUUCCGCAUCACGCAGUAAUACGAACGUCAAGCGCGACAACACGUUUACGCGUCGUAUUCAACGCAUCAAGCCCAUCAUCGAAUGGCACGUCGUUAAACGACCUUCUACUUGUUGGUCCGAAAUUACAAAUCGAUAUCACAACUGUCUUAUUACAAUGGCGCCAACACCGAUAUGUUUAUAUAGCCGAUAUUGAGAAAAUGUAUCGACAGAUCUUGGUCGAUCCCCGCGAUACAGAUUUUCAACGCAUUCUAUGGCGCGCUUCAUCGGAUGUACCUGUCGACGAGUAUCGUUUAAUGACUGUUACUUACGGUACCGCCGCAGCACCCUACCUCGCCCUUCGCGUACUUAAGCAGCUCACUCAGGAUGAGGGAUCACAUUUCCCGCUCGCAGUUCCGAUAUUAAAUUCACAAAUUUAUAUAGACGAUUGCAUUUUCGGAGCUGACGAUAAAACUCUUGCGCAUCACGGUCUAGUUAACAUUCAGAUGCUCACCGGCGACGAGCAACUUAAAGUUCUCGGAAUUGCCUGGAACCCUGUGUCAGAUGUAUUCAAUUUCCAAGUAAAUCUUGCUCAAGAGUUGUCGAAAACCAAACGUGCUAUCUUGUCAACGAUCUCGAAAUUAUUCGAUCCAUUAGGCUGGGCGGCACCCGUCGUCAUAACAGCAAAAAUUUUUAUGCAACAAUUGUGGUUACUUAAACGCCAAUGGGAUGAGGAGAUUCCUGAUGAUUAUUUUGCACAGUGGCAAAAUUAUCAUGAUAGACUCCAAAAUCUCGACCGUCUUCGAAUUCCCCGUUGGACAGCGAACGGCGCUGCCACGGUAUCCCGAGUGCUUGACGGAUUUUCGGAUGCCUCAACAAAGGCGUAUGCCGCAGCCGUGUAUCUCCGUCUUGUUUCAAACGACGGUUCCGUUACCGUCACGCUUCUGAUGGCGAAGGCCAAGGUUGCUCCCCUCAAAACAUUAGCAUUCCGCGUCUUGAAUUAUCGGCCGCGUUAUUGCUGGCUCGACUUAUAUACGUCGUACAAUCGACCCUUGAUCUCUUGGCGAGCGAAUGUUUUUGCUGGACGGAUUCAACAAUCACACUCGCUUGGCUGUGUCAACAUUCUACCCGUUGGAAAACUUUUGUCGCGAAUCGCGUCUCCGCGAUUCAAUCCUUGGUGCCAACCGCGACCUGGCGUUACGUGCCUUCGGACGCAAACCCUGCCGAUUGCGCGUCCCGCGGCGUGGCUCCCGAUGAACUUGCCUUGCAUCCACUAUGGUGGACAGGUCCUUCGUGGUUGUCGCAACUAG